AUGUCGCAAAAGAGCAUGAGGGGGUGCCACUUCUUCGUACACAGGGGCAACCAGCCCGGCGCGGCGGUGAACCACACACACAACCUCAUAACCGCGAACGGCGGCGCCCUGACCAACAACUUGCGCCUCACGACCCACGUCGUCGCCCACCACCUCUCGGAGGGCUGUGACUGGGUGAUCGAUGACACGCACCGCCCGCCAGAAGCGCUGCGCUACGCAGGGAUGAACUUCCACGAGCUGGCAUACAGCACCUGGAGGCUUGGGCGCACGGUUGUUGUUCUACCUGUUUAUGUCGCCACGUGGGCGCGUGACGGCCGCGAGCCGCGCGACUCGCGCUGGGUCGUUAGGGUCGCAGCUGCCUCGCCUGCUCCUGUCACACCGGCCGCCAUUAGGCCGAGGCGGCGAUCGGCUUCGCCUCCCACUCGGGUUGUCGGCCGCCAAGCGUCGCCAGCACCGAAAGUUGAAGCUGUGCCACCUGCCACCACGGUCGUGGCAUCUGCCUCGCCUGCUACUGUCGCGCCGGGCACAUCUACCGCCUUGAAUGCCCCCUCCUCGCCCGCUGUGCCGACGGACAGUGGUUCCAGCAUCUCAGCCGCCGCACCAGUCACGCCCCCUCGCUUCGCUCGUGCCAACCCGCGAGACCCACGUCUUCGCUCCGCCCUCGCACUAGCCGCCGCGGAUGAGAAUGCUCGCCUUGCCCCGGCAUUUUCUCGCGUCCCCAUUGCGUCCCCCUCCCCUGCCGCUACCCCCGUCCCCGAAGCCCUGUCUCGGCUCUCGUCCCCCUUCCCCACGCCAAUCCCACUACGCCCCUCGGAGACAGUCACCCUCCAUCCCUCCCCGCACACCGACUCCGCCCCGCCGACCGCCGUCUUCCGAGACCAUUCGAGCACGUUCUUCGUGACUGAAGGCUGUGCACCCGGCACUGCAUGGCUCAUCGAGACCAUGGGGGGCACGAUCGAGUCCUUCUCGAAAGCGCUGUACAUCAUCGUCCCAGACCGCACCUUCGCCCCCUUCCACUCGUGA